AUGUCCUCCAAAAAGCGCAAGUCAGAAGAAGACCCCACGACCAGCACCGCUAUGAGCAGCGACACCACGGGCAAGAAGCGAAGACGCCUAAGUGACGCGGACUCCGUCGUAGACAAGAAGUCUAAGAAGAGUAAAAAGGAGAAGAAGAGCAAGAAGUCCUCGUCUAAGAAAGACAAGGAGCGCAAGCACGUUCCCUCUGCCGAAGACGAAGAUGCCGCCACCGCAGACAACGCAGCUCUUGAAGCCAAUGACUCGCCCGAGGACACCCCCAUGGACGAAGCUCCCCUCUCCGCCGUAGAACCCCAGGGCGACGAAGAGGGCAAAGAGGAGACCAAGGAAAGCUCCAAGAAGAGCAGCAAGAAGGACAAAAAAGACAAGAAGUCCAAGUCCAAGAGCAAGAGCAAAGACAAGUCUGAGUCUGACUCCAAAGCCAACGCCUCUCAAGAACCCACAGAAGCCGAGCCCGCAGACACCACCAACGACAACGACAACGAAGAAGCUACCCCCUCAGACCCGCCCCAAGGCAAAAAAGUCCGCUUCAUAGUCUUCGUCGGCAACCUGCCCUUCUCCGCGACCCCGGAGCAAAUAACAGCGCACUUUUCCGCCGUGCACCCGACCUCGGUGCGCCUACUACACGACCCGCGCACCCGCAAAUCCCGCGGUAUCGCCUUCGUCGAGUUUGCGCGCUACGACCACAUGAAAUCAUGCCUGAAGACGAUGCACCAUACCACUUUUACCUGCCCCUCGGACAAGCCUGGUAGGUCCGAGGAGCGCCGCAUCAAUGUCGAGCUGACCGCCGGCGGCGGCGGGAAUACUUCCCAUCGCAAGGAGAAGAUCCGCGCCAAGAACGAGAAGUUAAACGAGGAGCGCGCGCGGAGGGCCCAGGAGGAAGCUAAGGCCAAGGCCGAGAAGGACAAGGGGAAGGGGCAGAACGGGGGCGAGAAGACUGGUGGCGGCUUCGAGGAUGCCAUCCACCCGAGCCGACGUGGAAGAGUCCCCGGGUCAUGA